AUGGUCUUCACGCCGCCAUCAUGGGUGCCCCAGCUCCCCAUUGAUCCUCCCGACAGCAUCACGGUCGGCGAGUUCAUGCAGCGCGAGGAGUUUGGCCGCCGUCCCGUUUCCAAGAGUCGCAACCCCUUCACCUGCGGCCUCACGGGACGAACCUACAAGGCUCCCGAGUUCUACCAGCGCGCCGAGUUCCUCGCCCGCGCCUACGCCAAGAGGCUGGGCUGGUCGCCAAACGAGGGCACCGCCUGGGAUAAGGUCAUUGGUGUCUUUGCCCUGAACACGAUCGAUUACAUCACUCUCGCCUACGGCGCUCACCGCCUUUCCGGCAUCGUGACCCCGCCAACGCCGUCUACUCCGCCGACGAGCUCCGCCACCAGCUUUCACCGCCCUCGAGGCGGCCAAGGGCGCGGGCGUCCCCGAGGCCAACGUCUUCAUCCUCGACACCCCGGGUUCGAGCUCGAGGCCCAGUACAAGGGCCGCUUCACCACCGUCGAGGAGCUCAUCGCCGAGGGUCGCGGCCUGCCGGAGCUGGAGCCCUUGCGCUGGUCCAAGGGGCAGGGCGGGCGCCAGCCGGCUUUCCUGUGCUACUCGAGCGGUACUUCUGGUCUUCCUAAAGCCGUCAUGAUCUCCCACCGCAACAUCAUCGCCAACAUCAUCCAACACUCCACCUACGAGACAGUCGGCCGCAAAUCCCGCGGCGUCGACACCCAAAACGUGCUCUGCUUCCUCCCCUUCUCCCACAUCUACGCCCUCGUCGUCAUCGCGCACACGUGCACCUGGCGCGGCGACGGCAUCGUCGUGCUGCCCAAGUUCGACUUCACGCACUAUCUCGAGUCCAUCCAAAAGUACCGCGUCAACCAGCUCAUCGUCGUGCCCCCGUCAUCAUCAGCAUGCUGCAGAACAAGGACGUGUGCCGCAAGUACGACCUCAGCAGCGUGCGCUUCGUCUUUAGCGGCGCUGCCCCCUGGGUGCCGAGACCAUUCAGGAGAUCCGCGACAUGUACCCCUCCUGGACCAUUGGCCAGGCCUACGGCAUGACCGAGACCGCUGUCGUCGUCACCGCUCCCAGCGAGCACGACAUUUUCCCCGCGCCUCUGGGUCCCUGCUGCCCGGUCUUCGGGCCAAGCUCAUCGAUCCCGAGGGCCGCGAGAUCACGGCCCACGAGACGCCCGGAGAACUGCUUGUCCAGGGCCCCGCUGUCGUGCUGGGAUACCUCAACAACGAAAAGGCUUCGGCCGAGACGUUUGUCCACCAUGAUGACGGGCGCUGGAUCCGCACAGGUGACGAGGCUCUCGUGGCCGUGUCCCCGCAGGGCAACGAGCAAAUCGUCAUCGUCGACCGCAUCAAGGAGCUCAUCAAGGUCAAGGGUCACCAGGUGGCGCCUGCUGAGCUUGAGGCUCACAUCCUCGCCCAUCCGGACGUCGACGAUGUGGCCGUCAUCCAGAUCCCCGAUCUCAAGUCUGGUGAGGUCCCCAAGGCCUUCGUGGUCAAGGCCUCCCAUGCCACCUCGCGGUCGGACCAAGAGCUCGCUGCCAUCAUCACCAAGCACGUCGAGGACCACAAGGCCCACUACAAGUGGAUCAAGGGUGGCGUUGAGUUCCUCGAUGCCAUUCCCAAGAGCCCUAGUGGUAAGAUUCUUAGGCGGCUGUUGAGGGAUCAGGAGAAGGAGGCCAGAAGGAAAAAGGGAGCCAAGUUGUAG